UUAUCAAGCAGUAUAACGAUUUCUAUUUUGAAAAUAUCUGUAAUUGAAAGGAAUUCAAAAGGUUUAUGACUCAUGGCUGACAAUAUUUUGGAAUAAAAUUUGUAUCAAAUCAAUCAAUAAUCGAAACCAGCCUUAAAUUGAUCGACAUUAUCAUUCUAGAAUAUAUAUGGCGUUCAUUGUAGCCAUUUUGUGAAACGUGCAAUCUUUUUGAUAAAUUCAAACGAAUUAUUAAUCACAUCAUAAAAAUUAUCAAGAAAAAGAAAUACUUAUUUUGAAAGGUAAAAUAAAAAAUAUACAUAUUUAAUCAUGGCUGGCUCCACACCUAGAUUUCGUUACCUCCAAGUCGUUGGUGAAGAACAUUAUUUUGCGCCAUUUGGAUUGAAUGACUAUGAAUUAGCAACCAUUCGUGAAUAUUAUACUCAAAUUGAGCCUCCACGCAAUGGAGAAAUUACAACACAACCAUCGAUCAAAGUCAUCAACAUUCUAGCUAGUCUGGGCUACCGUCUUGUUGCUAUGACUCAGAAACACGAUUCAAAUAAGGUGAUCUGGAUGUUAGAAAGACCUUUAUGAAAUUUUCUACUAUCAUUAUCCGUUAAAUAGUUGUGACUUUUACGAAAAUGUGAUUGAAAUUAAUUAAUAGAAACUUUGAAAAUUGUGAAGAUUGAAUAACAAUAGAACCUGUUUCACUUAGAAGCACUUUGUUAGAUCAAAGACGCAUUAGUUACAUCCAAGUGAUAUUUCCAUAACAAAAGGGUAGAAAGAUGGGAGAAAGUCUACUGUCUUGAUAGCACAGUGACUUGUGCUAGAACCAGAAAAAUAUCCACGUACGAGUAUUGUGUAUUUGUGUCGUACAUUAGAUGCUGACUUCAAAGAUGAGCUCCAAGCUGGGAAUGAAUAGAAUAUUCGAUGGUGGCACGCGGCAUGAAAACUUUUUCAAAACGUUCUUCUCAUGAACGCUCGUGUAAACCGCGGGCCACUUAUUUACGUCAUUGUCAUUUCCAUUGUGGGAUUUGCUACAAUCGUGUUUAUGUGAAUUCGCCAAAUAAUAAGGUAAAAGUCAUCGAAAGAGACUUUCCAGUGUAUUACAGACUGCUAACAACUUUCAUAUAAUCUUCUAAUCAUGUGUUUAUUUGUUUACCUAGUAUUUUAGUUAAUUACUAUUAUUUUUUGAAAAAUAAAAUAUUUUCUCUCACCUAUAAAGACAAUGAGCUGCAGUAAGAACAUGUCUAUCAGUGAUCAAAACACCACCGCAAUAUUGUCGAGAUCCUCUUCUAAUGAGUGCAACCAUCCAAGGCCACUCUUUGGGGUCAGCUGGUUGUCCACCUACUACUCUUGUUCGACUUUUAGAAGCCAUUCCGCAACCUCUAGGACCUCUUGGCUUUCUCAUUUCAACUAAAUGAAGCCACUCACGAGUCAUAUCAAUGGUAACAGGGUCAACAUGUUCAGAACUAGCUUGUCCAGAUUCAAACAAUGAUACUGUCAACAGAUGAAACAACAUCAUCACCGCAACUCUCUCUCGUUUGUCAAACGAGUUUUUUUCGUUAAUUUUCUACCAUAGGAUCCUGGGUAUACCCAACGAGGUAGAAAAUGAAUCUACUUUCACGCGAAAAUUUUUCAAACGUCAGUGUUGGAGUUUGUAAUGGAAAAAUUAAAGUCUUUCUUCACUAAGUGGAUGUGCCAAACAGUGGCAUGAAUUCUGUAAAUGUCAACGAAAGACCGAGAAAGAAGAAUGAAAUGAGAAGACCUCGGGGUCCAGUUCACACCUUUGAGAAAACACCCACAUGCUUAACACGUCGCAGACUGGAAUUUUCACGAGAAGAAGAUCUCCAUUUGGUAACCUGGUCAACAAUCAUUGGGAGCUGCAAUUAUUACUGAGUUGUCAUCGUUGGUGGCUACAUCAUAUGUGCAUUCUACACAUCCUCACUGGCUUCUUCUUUGGACAUAACAGAGAAGAUCAGGUAGGGUGAGUUUAGGAGGCUGUUGACUGGCGCCAACCUGGCGGUCGACGAUGGAAACUGAGGCUUUCUACCAUGACGCUAACUUUGAAGAGUAGGGAGCGUCUAUGAGACUUGCGCAUGCUCUUGCAGUAACUCGUGACUCGAUUUGUGUUCAGUCAGUACCAAACUACGGUACCUAACCUAAUGCCGUAAUAAAGUUGUUGCUCUCGUGCUCGUGCGUCAUAAGCAUCGCGCGCGAUUCAAAACAUAAACAAACAGUGUGGAUAACAAACCAAGUGCCAUUUUUUCUGGACAUUUUAUUAAUUUGUGAAGUUUUAAAAUAUCCUAUUGAACUCUUGAGUGUAAUUGAGUGUUUGGAGCACAUUUAAUGGAAGAUUUGACGCUUACUAUUCGCUCAACCGUGUAAAGUGAGACAUAAGCAUCGGCCUUGCUAUUACUUAGCAUUCACGUGUUAACCCCAAGACUUAUCGGACUUGUUUUUACUCGUGAAUCGAUCGUCGACCUUAAUAUCAACAUCUCAGUGGCUCCAAGAAGUUAUAAUACUGCCUGAUUCAUUGGCAACAUGUGUAUUUUGAUUACAUCGUACUUCAAGAAGACCACUGCGUCCUAACUUUCAUCUUCAAAAGAGGCAAGACUGUGGACGGAAUGGCUGCUACAGUCUGGCUCCAAGUCAUCCUCUUACUAUGGACUUUAGUAUCAACAAUAGCCACAGGGGACUUUCGUCACAUUUCCUACGAAGAUAUAGCGGAAACAAGUAUCCUCUUCCAAGAUGAUGGUGUGACAACAUAUUCGCAGUUACUUUUUGACGUGGCUAGACAACAAGUCGUCGUAGGCGCAAGGGACAAUUUAUACCGGUUGACGUUGAAUUCUUUGACGCCAUUGGAACAUGCGAUUUGGCCGGCACCACCCGAAAAAGCAUCUGUUUGUCAAGACAAAGGUCAAACAGCCCAGGAUUGCCACAAUUACAUUAAAGUCUUGCUCACCAAUGGAAAGAAGCUCUUCACCUGUGGUACCAAUGCUUUCAGUCCACAUUGCACCUGGCGAGAGAUCGAGAAUAUUAAUAAUGUAACAGACUCAUUGUUCGGUGUAGCAAUAUGUCCAUAUUCUCCACAAGCAAAUGUCACUGCUCUGCUUGCCAAAGAGAAUGCAGGUCUUUUUGCCGGAGCACCGACCGAUUUUUCUGGCACUGAUGGUAUAAUUUAUCGAACAUUAGCAUCACCCAGCCUGCGUACCCAACAAUAUGACUCGAGAUGGUUGAAUGAUCCGCAAUUCGUGGGUAGUUUUGAGACCGAUGACCAUGUCUACUUCCUGUUUCGUGAGAUCGCUGUGGAGUACAUAAAUUGCGGCAAGAAAAUCUAUUCGAGAAUCGCACGGGUUUGCAAGAGAGAUCCAGGUAGUCCAAUGGUACAGAGAGAUAUUUGGACGACCUUCAGCAAAGCUCGUCUUAACUGUUCACUUCCUGGAGAAUUUCCGUUUUAUUAUGAUGAGAUCCAGGGCGCUGCAUACCAUCCUGAUGAAGGGAUCGUCUAUGCUACAUUCACAACUCCAAGUAAUGCUAUUGCGGGCUCAGCAAUCUGUGCAUUCAAUAUGACAGCUAUCACAUCAGCUUUCAACGGGCCUUUUAAACAUCAAGAACACUCCAGUGCGACAUGGGAGAAGAAACGAGUGCCGAAUCAUUAUAGACAACAUUGUGGACAAAUGGAGAACACGGCGGCUCAUCAAAUAUUAGAUAAUCAACGGUAUUUAUUGAUGGAUGAAGCAAUUCAAGGUACAACUCUAGGUCCACUCCAUACAACUACCAUGGAACGGUUUACUCAUAUUGCUGUUGAUGUAACACCUACUAAGUUACAUCGUGGAGUGACUAUUUUAUAUGUUGCAACAACUGAUGGGCUCAUCAAGAAGAUUUCUGUACUGCCAAGGACACAAGAUACGUGCAUUGUCGAGGUUUGGGGCCCAUUUCCUUCAACUGUGAUGACUUUACAAUUUCUGAAGAAGUCUCAGAGCCUCUACGUGGGCAUGGAAACUGGUCUUCUCAGGAUUCCAGCAGCUCAAUGCCAUCGUCAUCGAAAACGUCAGGCUUGUUUAAAUGCUCAAGAUCCUUAUUGCGGUUGGAAUGAACAUUUAAUGAAGUGCGACCAAGCACCGUUACAAAACUAUUUGGCCAACCACUGGCAACAAGAAGUAACCAAAUGUCCAGUACUUACAGAUCCAGUUGAUGGUGGUUGGAGUGCAUGGAGUACUUGGGCUCCAUGUCAACAUGGAACCUCUGAAUUGGCAACUGGACAUACUCGAUCACACUUAAGACCCCGUAUUGAUAAUUCAGAGAACUCUGAUACUUGUCAGUGUCAAAUGAGAGAAUGUAACAAUCCACCUCCUCAAAAUGGUGGAGCAGGCUGCACCGGAUCUAAAAUAAAAGUAGCUAAUUGUACGGUUCAUGGUGGUUGGACAGCUUGGUCAGCCUGGUCAGCUUGUUCUCAAACUUGUGGCUUUGCUAUUAAAACUCGUCGUCGUUCCUGCACCAAUCCAGCACCUGCCUUUGGAGGCCGUGUUUGUGUGGGCCACGAUCAUGAUGAGAUUGUUUGUAUUGACUUACCACCAUGUCCAACUCCAGCUAAAGUUGCACCGCCACCGCAAAAUGGUCAGUGGUCGUCAUGGGGGUCAUGGAAUUCAUGUUCGCGUGCUUGUAACGGGGGAAUUCGAGUAAGGAAAAGAACAUGCGACAAACCAUCACCGCGGGAAGGAGGAGCCGAAUGUCCUGGGUGUGCAUUCCAAAUUGAAGACUGUAAUACACAUCCUUGUACAGAAACACGAAGAUAUUCCGCUUGGACACCUUGGUUAGUGGUCAACGGAAGCCAACAAGCUGGUAUAGGUCAUACAGAAAGACGAUAUCGAUUCAGCUGUCGUGCACAAACAGAAGAUCCUACGAGCGUCAAAGUCCAACUGUCAAAAGAAGAUGAAAGAUUCUGUAAAACUGAUGGUACUUGUACUCGAGUGAAUAAUAAUGGAAUUUUCAAUCCGGAUAAUUUUGAUGGAGGAUGGUCUGAGUGGUCUCCUUGGUAUGCAUGCAAUCGUGCAUGUGGAGGAGGAACUCAACAUCGAGUAAGAACAUGCGAGGGCUCUUACUGUGAUGGGCCAAGUACUCAAACACGCUCUUGUAACGAACAUCCUUGUACCGAUGAAUUUGAUGCAAGAGGAAAUGAUUGGUCUUGCUGGACAAACUGGUCCAAAUGCUCGGUAACAUGUGGAGUUGGUUUCCGUACAAGAACGAGAGAAUGUUUAAACUCUGAAGGGUGUCAAGGACCUCAGUUGAUGAAAGAAACUUGUGAAAUGCCUAGCUGCGAGUCGCAAAUUGGUUGGGACACCUGGUCGGCUUGGUCACCUUGUGAUACCUCUCAACAGCAAGUUAGGAAGCGACAAUGUCAAAUAGAUCCCGACGAAGGAGGUUGUGUAGGUCCAAACCGAGAAUUUCGAGAAUGUCUUCCUGAAUGGGAGAGUGAAAUUUUAUCAAACGCACUACCAAGAAGCGUUCACGUGGCUGGAGUAUCUGUGGGAGCUGUUGUAGGUGGAUGUAUUGCAGGAUUUAUCUUAGGAUUAGCGGUUACUGCGCUUCUUUGCUUUUUCUAUUUGAAACGACGUAAGCCUCGAAUUCCUGGAAGUCCUCACUACAUCAGCAAACAAAAUCCCUAUGUUGCGGUUCCACUAAAAGAGGUUAACGCUAAAAGGCAACCAAGUUUCUCGGGAACAAGCAAUGGCAAUGGAACGUUACGUUCUAAGACAAACCCAAAUGUUAAUGGAUUAGGAAGCCCGAAACUCUACCCAAAAGCUCUUGAUUAUGAAUCAGCGACUUUGAAGAGGAAUAGUCAUGGUCAGCAACAUAUUCGUACAGAUUUAGAUCAAGAGAAAUAUUAUUAAGGAAAGUAAAAGUAAGAUUUUUAUUAAAAAAUAUUCAUAUCGACUGAUAUAUUUAGUUAGUAAGAUUGUACAGAAUACGAUCUACUGACUCGUAAUUGAUAUUUUCAAAUGAAAUUGCUCAUUGAGAAUAUAGAGGCUUAACAGCAUUUUAGAUAAAAAGGAAGUCAAAGGACUGUGAAAAAUUUGACGAUUAUGUGGAAAAUGUUUUUACGUACGAGUUCAAAGUUUAUUUUUGUUUUUGUAAAUAACUUGCAAGAGUGAAACGUGAGUAUAAGAGAUAAGUAACCAACGCUUGGUUGGGCAUUUCGAUAACAUUUGUAUAAAAUAUCAUGCAUUCAUCGAAAUUUGAUUCUGACAAAGUCAUGAAUUAAUUAAUUGUUUAUAAGAGUAUUAAUACAUUAACUAGGAAAAAAUUAUAUUAAUAAUUGAUCAUUGAAAAAAUUAAUACAAAUAAACAUGUAAAUACAUCAUUAUUAAUCAUUCAUUAGAUGUAAUGAAAACAAAAAUUAAGAGAAAUAAUGUAUUUUGAGAAAAAUAUUUUUAGUAUACAUUUAAAAGCAGUCGUGCCAUGAAGGAGAGAAUGUAAAUAAAUUUUUUUUUUUAACUUUAAUUUAACUUUAAGAGAAAUGAAUGUAUUAAAAAACGUUCGGAAACGUUUAUCGGCUCACAUUGAGUCAAAUAAAUUUUAUUAUUUAGAACGCACAAACAGUUGCUUUUGAAAUAGUCUUAAAAAUCUAUGUUCCACUACAAAAAUAUUAUCGAAGCAUAUUAAUUAAUCAACUAUAGAAUAAUACCAAAUUUAUGUAUACCUUGUUGUUUUUUUUUUAUACAACAUUUUUUAUAUUUAUACAAUAUUUCCUGUCAAAAAGCAUAUUUUGUAUUUCGCAA